AUGACUGAAGCUAAUAACAAUAUUGAUGACAACCCAGUGGAAGAAUCCAUAAAAAACUUUAACCGAUGUUUAAUUGAUAUCAAUGAUGAAGUUGUGGAGGGCAUAGUUGAUUCAAGCUCAAAAUGUCCAAUUAUUACUUAUGAGAUUGCAAAAAAAUUUGGUUUCAUAAAAGAUAAAAGUUUAUACAAUAUUACUGAUAAAGCAGUAUCUGAUAUUGUUAAGCAAGUAUCAGGUAAAAAAAUCUGGAUCUCUCUUCACCGAUUACUAGAGAUAGUAAAACCUGAG